UCCCUUUUCAGACUUUUAAGGGAUUUUUCUGACGGAAGUCCUCAGUCUCUGAGCAUAUCUGCUCAUAUUAAGAGUCAGCUAGCCAUACCUGAGACAUGUCUGAAGAGGUCUGUUAUUCCAAUGUGGUUUUCACCAGACCCUACAAUUCCUCGGCUCCAGUAAAAAAGAACGAAGAAACAGUUUAUGCAGAAGUGAAGAAAGCAGAACUAGCUCCAGUGAAGACACAUCCUGAGCCAGACGAUUCCAGGACAACUGGUCAGGAAACUUGGUCCCCUGCUCAGGCUCCAGAGAAACCUGAGCACAGAUAUCAGCCCCAGCAGUGCGCUGUAGUAUUUCUAAGCCUCACCUGUGCUUUUUUACUGGCUGGCAUCAUCGCUCUCUCUGUCUGCUAUUAUCUUACUGCAGGGCAACUCAAAAAGGAUCGGACUUUGCUGGAUGGGAUUUUACAGUUCCGUAACUUUCCUGUGGAAAAAUAUUGUUCAAACGAGACAAGAUGCUCACACUGCCCAAGUGGCUGGACGUUCAACAAUUCAAAGUGUUACUUCGUGCCCCUUGGUCAAACGUGGGAAACGUGGAAAACGUGGAACGACAGUCGUCUUGAAUGCAUCAAAAUGGGGGCUGAUCUGCUAACGAUACAAAACAAGGAGGAACAGAUCUUCAUCAUGAACCUUGCACCCACAUACUGUGACAAAUGGCACGGUUACUGGAUCGGACUGACUGGAAACGCAAAGGAUUGGAUCUGGAUCGACGGCUCUUCACUGACCACAGGGUUCUGGGCAGAUAAUGUAAGCCAGACUGAAACUCACGUUUUAACAAACACAGGCCAUGAAAACAAAACCCUGAACAGCUGGAGAUCAGCAAAACCUAGCAUGCUUAACCGGUGGAUCUGUGAGAACAGGGCCCUGCUGUUCUGAGGUCCGUUAGUGGCACCUGCUCUCCGCUGGUCUGCUGGAUGGAGGCCCCUGAUGCUGCUGGGACCAGCUACCUGCAGUUCUGCUUUCAGACGAAUGUCUGUUAUAGAUGUGAAAAAGCAGAUAAACGUCACAAAAAAACAAAUAAAAGUAUCUGAGCAUUAAUUUAU